AUGUCCAAAAUUUUAAUUUCCCAAGAGGUAUAUGCAUCGAUAUUAGAGGCGAGCCUAAACUAUCCAAUAAAUAACAGUAGAUUAAUAGAGUUCUCUCAGAGUGAAUUUGCAGAGAUGUCUCAUUCAUUAUUAAAUUUUACAACCAAUAAUAAAAAUCUUAAUCAAUUUAUAAAACUAGAGUUAGAUAAAUCAUUUUUUUUAGUUAUGGAAAUUAAUUCAAAUGGUAAAAGAUUCAACGAUUUAAAUCAUAAAAAAUAUUUUUCAGGAAAAAAUAGCAAAGAGAAAUUAUUACAAUUGGGUCAAGUUAUAGCAUUUGAAAUAUUUUGUAAUAAUUUUGCUCGUUCACCAUUAAAUUGGAAUGAACAUACAUUUUUUUCAAAUUUAAUAUUUUAUAAUAAACCAAAUAGUAAUGGAUGGUAUUUUUCAAUUAUUCAUUCAAAUGUAAAUAGAUACAAUGAUAGUUUAUUCUCAAGAGGCUAUAGAGAACAAAUCAAUAGAUUAAAGCUCUUAUUGUUUUCAAUAUUUCAAAAUCAAAACCACCAGAGCCAAGAAAUAAGGAAGAUGAAGGAUUUUUUAUCAAAAGUUUUGCAUAUCAAUCUGCCUUCUUCGUCCCAUAUAUACCUUCAAAGAGGAAUUGUAAUAGGAGUAGAGUCCAUAGUUUCCAACAUUUCUUUCACAAUGCUGGAGUCUGCCAAACAAAAAAUAAAAAACCUUAUAAUAAUAGACACCCAAAACAAUCAAUGGAAAAACGGUAUAAAUUCAAUUUAUUAUUGCCCUUUUCUAUUGGAUGUUUUAAAUGACUUUGUAUUAGAUUAUUCAAAUUUUAAAGAAAAAAAAAUAAAAAUAAAUUUAAUUUUGUAAAUAUUCAUUUU